GUUCAAUAAACAAAUAAAUAAAUCGAACCAUGUAUCGAACUGUGAGUUGACAAUCGAGAUAGGAAUCAAAUCAUGACUUUGGUGUAUCGCUACAGGCCUAAUUGUCAGGCUUGGGUCGGGUUCAGUGACAUUACAAGGUCUUUUAGCGAAACAUAGAGGAAAUACUGUAGAUCUCUAAGAAAGCGACCUAUAACAAGUAAAAAUACGUGAUAAUAAUUAGGGGUGUCACAAUUCUAUACUUGAUUUCGAUUCUCAAUCCUUUUUUUUUCCUCUUUUAGUGCAGAUGAGUCUGCCAUUUUUAAACAUUUUUGUCUAGGACCAUUGGUUUUAUGUCAUGACACGUAUAUCACUCUAGUUUUCGCUUUAGCGCCAGUGGAAUUUUUGAGGACAUUUUUGCUUCAAAUGUGGACAGAAGAUUUGGAAGAGUUGAUUUCAUAGUUAUGUCCUGUGCUUUGCUACACACUCAUAACAUAGUUUACAUACCGUGGUUUUCUUGUUGACAAUGUGAAUGUUGUUGACAAAACUUAAAGGGAACGCAAAAUAUUUCCAGUGGUGAUUUCAGAGAAGCAGGAGGGGGUUUGAGUUUGUUCAAUGUGUCAAUCCGAUUCAGCAGUUGUCGUGGUUACUAUUAUUUGGCGGAAGCUUCGGGUUACGAAUUGGAACUAAUGUGUAGUCGUGCUACAAUUGCUCAAAAAACCCCACCAUGGUUGGAUUAUGUCAACCGUUAUCAAUGGUUACUGUUCAACGAGAAGGAGUGAUGGGUGUGAAAUUAUAUUGUAUUUUGUUGCAACUUGUAAGCUCACCACUAGGUGUGCCCCAUAGUAUUGCACACCUUUAAAAUAACAAAGCACAUCAUGAGCUGCUCAACGAUUCCCCUGAUGUAAAAAUACACAUAUAAAAAUGUCUCCUUUGCUGCUAAAGGAGGACCAUGUGCUUUUGGUGGCUGAUGAACCCAGGUCACAAAGCAGGUAUUGCUUUAUUACAUGAAUAACUGUCAACAGUCAAAUGCAAUUUCAGAAUUUCUUGAAGUCAGGAUUUUUCAACUGCAUAUGUGUGUUAUUGUUGCUGCAUUAACCUUUUUGGAAUUAUUAAAAAACAAACAAACAAAAAAACCUGUUACACAGCAGCAGUGACAGAGGCAGCGUGAACGGAAUACUGCAAAUUUUUAGGCUGAUGGAAAACUACUCCUACAACAGUUUUAUGCUCCAGAUGGAGGGCUUAAAGGUCACAAAGAAAUCUGUGUACCCUGUCUUUUUUGUUUUCUUCAUUUCCUACAUUGUUAUAAUGUUUAUGAAUGUGGGCAUUUUGAUUCUUAUUAUCAUUGACAAGAACCUUCAUCAGCCAAUGUAUCUCCUUUUUUGCAACCUGUCAGUCAGUGACAUCAUUGGAAGUACUCAUAUUGUGCCGAGGCUGCUCUCAGAUAUCCUGCAUCCUCCCUCUGAACGUCUCAUCAGUUAUUACGAGUGUGUGGUUCAGGCUUUCACCACACAGCUGUUCGGCACCACUUCCCACACUGUGCUCAUGAUCAUGGCCUUUGACAGAUAUGUGGCCAUCUGUAAUCCACUACGCUAUGCUUCCAUAAUGACAAACAAGAUGGUGGUCAAGCUGACGGCUUCUGCCUGGGGAGUGGCCUUUGUCUUGGUCUCUAUUCUGCUCGGUCUGACCAUCAGGCUAAAUCGAUGCCGGACUCUGAUCAAAAACCCUUUUUGCGACAACGCCUCACUGUUUAAACUCUCCUGCGAAAGUGUCUUUAUUAAUAAUAUCUAUGGCCUCACUUUCACUGUGGUGUUGCUCACAACCUCCAUAGGAAGCAUAGUUCUCACAUAUGCUCAGAUCACUAUUGUGUGUCUGAACAGUAAGAGCAAGUCUCUGAACAGUAAGGCCCUGAAGACCUGCAGCACUCAUUUAAUGGUGUAUCUGAUCAUGUUGUUUAGUGGAAUGAUUAUCAUUACUAUGCAUCGUUUCCCUCAGUACUCAGAUUACAGAAAACUUGCUGCCAUUCUGUUCGUCCUCGUCCCUGGAAGCCUCAACCCCGUUAUUUAUGGUGUACAGUCCAAAGAGAUACGGAAAUUCUUAUUCGAAAUGUUUUGCACUAAGAAAUGUAUGUCAUGUAAAAAAUAGUUGUCUUUUUGUUUAUGGCAAAUUGUAAAAAUAAAUCAUAAAAGCAUGAGAAGCGAA